CACGAAGUUGGUAGAUAAGUAGAUACACCAUAUGUCUACCACUACAACGUAGCGUACCUCAUCAAUAGAAGGCAUGCGGUCUCUAGUAUUUCUAGUCUGUUGCUUGGUCUUUGACCUUACACAAGCCAACGAUCAGUGUUGGUGCACCGACUCAGAUAUGACUAUGCUUAAGGCACCAACACACAGCGCAAUUACAGUAGAUGUGCUGACUUCCGGUUCCUGUUUGAAUACUUCCCAGUUUGAACAUCAUGGACCAUGGAUACAAAUAAAAACAACUGAAAAGUCUGGCUUCGUUCAUCACGCUAAUGGUGUCAACCUGAAGGACUGCCCAUAUGCAGGUCUAUUGAAGAGGGCUACUUGUCCAUCGCAUUGCAUGGACCAUUGUUGUGUGAGAGCUGGUACCCAUCACUACCACACUAGUGAUCAUGCGGGUCACGGCUGUGAUACAUGUGACAGUACUUGUUGUGACCCUGUCCAAACUAGUCAGCACGGAGGUCACACCGACAAUUCAGAAUGGUCACUUUACGGCGAUUGCAGCGUGACGUGCGGGGAGGGGACUCAGACUCGAUAUUGUACCAAUCACUGCAACCAUGAUACUCAGUAUGAAAUAAGAGUGUGCAGGGAACAAGAUUGCCCACCAGAAUGGUCUGACUGGUCUCCCUGUUCCGCCUCAUGUGGAGGAGGACAUAUGGUAAAACAUUGCCUACAUUACUGUCAUCUCGACGUCAACCAUCCUAAUGGGGAGAUACAGACGACUUGUAACACAAACCCCUGUCCAGUUGAUGGUCAGUGGAGUAGUUGGUCAUCUGCCAGUUGUUCAGUCACAUGCGGAACCGGAACUACAAUACGCCACCGGACAUGUACCAGCCCCCCUCCAUCUAAUAACGGUGCCUACUGCUCCUAUUCUGAGCACGGAUCUUCCAUGACCGUCACCUGUGUAGAGGCAUCGUGUCAAAGUGUGAACCGAUGUGACAAAUUCGGAACAAUCCAGGCGCUGGCUGAACAGAACGUCACAUCCCAGGUUCAUUGUCCUGAUCGGUGGAAUUCCGGAACGGAAAACUUUGUACACACUCAUUGUCAUAACGCCCCUUCCGACAUCAAAGCCUGGCAUCAGGGGGAGUCGGUGCUUACCGAUUGCAUGGGAUCAAAAGUAAUUCAAUCAUUUACGCCGAUCGGGACAUUUUCGCAAUUUGGAUACGAGCAAGGCGGGCACAGUGGUAUUAGUGGCAUUUUCCUUUCAUGUACUCCACGUGGAUUCAAGAUGGCCACAAAAGCGUGCGAUGGAGGAGCAGAAAUUAUUGACAUUCCACACGAUACUAGCGCUAUAUUGUCAAGUGAUGCCAUUAUUUCCAACAACCCUUCCAGCUACUAUACCAUUAAAUGGUAGAAGCUGCCAGGUCGAAAUUCGAAAGACAGUUUGAUAUAUAAAAAAGUAUAAAC